CCGCCGUUCUCCUCCGUUCCCCAUCGCCCUGCUCCGGGCAUGUGAGCCGCUCCCUCCAGCCCCAGCAGCACACCCCGCUCCCCGUCCCGUCCGCAGCGCCAUGCCGGCAGCCUGCGCCCUGCUGCUGCUGCUGGGGCUCGGGCUGGCCCCGCCGGCCGGGUCGCUGCCCCUCGCUCCCCCCCGGCGCCUUCCUCCUCCUCCUCCGCCGCCGCCGCAGCCGCCCCGCAGCCGCCUCGGCCGCCCCUGCUCGCCGCCCGCCGCGGGACACGGCCGCCCGGUCAUCAACAGCGGCCAUCAGAUGAAGAGAAGCCUGGAUGUGGCCAUGAGGACCUCCAGCUCUGUCGUGGGGGACGUGGAGAUCACCACGGUGCUGCUCGGCACCAGGCAAGGGGCAGAGCACACUGUCACCCCUGCCAGCACCAGAACUUUCUCCCUGCAACAAGGAGGGGGCAUGAGGAGCAGCCCCCCUGGCCCCGGCCCCCCUCCUGCUGCUGGAAGCCAGGCGAGAGGCAGGAGGGCACUGGCUUCUCCUGGUCACCCUGUAGACAUGGAGAGGACGCUGACGCCGGGACCAGCUCUGUCCUCAUCCCCAGCAUUGCAGGCCCACAGCGUACUCCCCAGCACCCCUGUGCCCAGCUCCCCGGGUCAGCCCCCCUCCUCUCCCCAUCCUCCCAGCAUCCAGACUGGUGCAGGAGGCACCACACUGCAUCCUGAGGAUACUGCAUGGAGUUCUGCAAGCACCGAGCUCACAGGAUCACCCACCUCCAAAAACGCUUCUAGAGCCGCUGGAAGCAGCUACCAACCAUCCGAUGGCUCAUCACUGGAGAAGAGAAUUUGGGGUUUCCAUGCCACCAGUGACUCCAUGACCACCACUGCCACUGGAGGCACAGGGAGGAUGCCAUGGUCUCUGCCCGCCAGCACCACCCUGGUCCAUCCGGCAGAGAUUUCCACCUCUGGUGCCAAAACCAUUGAGCCUCCAGACUGGACCUUGUCUCCUGGGCUGCCUUUGGGAGCAGGGGCCAGUGGUGGCACAGGGGCCACCGUGUCCUCCGCAGACCUGCUGCUUGCCGAUUCGGGCAGCACUUCCACGCCCUCUCACGGCAGUCAAGAACCCAAGAGCAUCCCAACUGCUGGAGAGGUGAUGCUGCGCUCAGACGCGUCCACUGUGCUCGACAACAUGACAGUGGGGACCCUGGGUUCCUCUCCAAGCUCUGCCACCAGCCCUGACCCCACCAGCAUUUUGGGGGGCACUUUGUCCUCCUCCAAGGCUGGGACACAUGGAGCUGGCAGCUGGCAGGGAGGCACGGACCUCACCACGCAGCCCCGAGAACCUUUGCUCACCAGCUCAUUCUCCACCUCUGGACGUACAUUUGCAGGUGUCAGAAGCAGCCACCAGCCAACUGACACAUCAACAACAGAGGAAGAAACCUCAGCGUCCUCUGCCACCAGUGCUUACAUUUCGGCCACGGCCACCGGCACCGGGGGGAGGCCACCGAGGUCUGCCACAAACAGCAGUGGAUGGGCAGCAGAAGUCUCUGCUUCCAGCAGUGGUGUGACCGGGACCUCAGGCACUGUCAGAUCCUCACCUACCUUUUCUGUAAGAGAGACCUAUGGAGCUCCUGCGUCCAGAGAAACAGCAGCUUCCAGCCAGCCUGAAGCAAUGCCUUCAUUGCCGCUCUCUCCCUCUACUGCAGAAGGUCCUUCCACAGCUUCCAGAAGCAGCCACAUGCCAUUUAGCACCCUGGCCACAGAGAAGAGAGCUGAUUUCCACGCCACCAGUGACUCCAUGUCCACCACAGCCACCAGAGGCACAGGGAGGACGUUGCGGUCUCUGCCCGCCAGCACCACCCUGGUCCAUCCGGCAGAGAUUUCCACCUCUGGUGCCAAAACCAUUGAGCCUCCAGACCGGACCUUGUCUCCUGGGCUGCCUUUGGGAGCAGGGGCCGGUGGUGGCACAGGGGCCACUGCAUCCUCCCCAGGGUCACUGCUUGCCAUUUCAAGCAGUGCUUCCACAGCCGAAGGGGCUACAACCUCAGCCAGGGGAGGAAGCCUACCCGACGCUUCUGUCACCAGCACACCCGGCUCGGUGAUGGCCACCAGCAGUGGGAACAAGACCACAGAGCCCGUGGUAGACACCAGCGCAGGCAGCUCUGCUCCCGCUCCAGCUGGCACCAGCUCCCUGGAUGUAGUCCUUCUGCUGUCUUCUGUGACAGAGCCUGGCAGUCAGGGGGAUGUCUCACAGGGUGAUGCUGACCUCGGUGAGCUUCCAACGAAGCCGCUGCCUGUGUUUCCUCCUGGUAUUUCAGUGCCGUCAUCCUCACCAAGUUCUUCAGUUCCAGAAGGAGGACAAUGGGUUUCUGGUGUUCCUACUGAGACUACGUACGUUCUGACUGUGCUGUCCACCAAUGAGGAGAGGACAUCUCAGGAUGCAGCUAACCGUGGCACAUGGAGCAUGGUGGUGGGAAGCCCCACAUCUCACCCAGACAUGGCCAAGGAGCCCCGAUCCAGUUCCGUCCCAUCCUCCCCAGCGUGGCCUGGAGGCAGACACAUCUCCUCCAGCCGUGCAGUGUACACAGAGCCUGAGGUCACCUUUUCAUCCAGGGUGUCCACCUACUUCUCGGCUGCUGCUGAGCCUUCCACUGUGGGAAGCAGCCAUCACUCAUUAAGCAGCUCAAGUAUGGAGGAAGGGAUUUCCAGCCCCCACACCGAUCCUGCAUAUGGUUCAGCCACAUUGGCUGGUGGUAGAGAGGGGACACCGAUGACGAUCAGUGUGCUGGCCCAUAGCACAGAGAGCUCUGCUUCCUAUACCGAGACCGCCAAUGCUUCAGAGCCGAUUCGGCUGGUGUUGGUGGAGCAGAGUGGGAUGGCCAACACCUCGGUUGGCAGCGAAGGCCUCGCGACAGAGACACUCUUCACACGUUCUUCCAAGAUAGCCACUGAUUCAUCUUUCCAAAACGAUCUCACAAGCUUUCCAAGUAGCCAUCAGCCAGUCAGCAGCAUUGAUGCCGAGAAAAGGACCUCGGUUUCUCAUACGGACGGCACAUACAUUUCAACCAUAUACACCAGAGGAGGAGAAAGGACACUCCUGUCUAUCUCGAACAGCAGCACCUCUGCUGACUCCUCUGAAAGUUCCACAUUUUUUUCAGAAAUUUCCAACCCUUCUGAUUCAUCAAAAUCAGCUGUGGCACGGGACGGGAAGAACAACGUAUCCAGUGAUGGCAGUUUUGUUGAACCAUCUACGGAGCCAUUGCUGGUGAAAUCUUCCAAACCACUGACUUCUGCUUCUGUAGACAGCAUGCAAAAUACAACUGUCUUUGAUACUGACUCCCGGUUGUUGCCCACUGGCAGGUCAUCUCUAUCUUCAUCAGUAUAUCCACGCUCUUCCUCAGUGUCAUCACUGCAUCACUCACUCUCAUCAACACCACCACCAACUUACCUGUAUGCAACAUCAGAGUCAUCUGAGCCACUCUCUUCCUCUGUGAUGGCAUCUUCAACCCCUCUGCAGGCUUUGUCAUCCUCUUUACCCACUUCCUCCUUGGUUUCCCCAUCUUAUUCCUUAGUAUCUUUAUUGCCUCUGAUUUCGUCACCGUCAUCUGCCUCACAAUCCAAUGACAGUGGCCCAGCAAGCACCCCCACAGCUACAACUGCAUCCAGGCGGGUGCCCUCCACAGCUGCGGUGGCUGGGAACUCAUCCCGAGAGACCAGCAAGCACAGUGGCACACACCAGCCCCAAAACAGCACCUCCUUCAAUCUGACCAGGUCUCCUUCUCUCCCCACGGAGCCCAUGCAGCAUCUCGGUGGCCGCGUUGUGUCUGUGUCUGCUGCCGCACCGGUAACGGAAACCAUGUCACCAAGGGGAGCUACCUCCCAGGGGGGUAGCUCUGGGAAGGCAACACCACCACCUCUGCUCACCACGGCCAGCGAUGCCCCACGGACUGAGCCCACCAAUGUGCCCCUGAGUACCUCGACCAGUGCAACAAGCCACGGCGUCAUUGUCCCUGCGGUGACACUGACCACAGUGAAACCCGUUGUGCUGACAACGCCAGCCAGCCGCCAGCCAAACUUGAGUGAUGCUAGCACCACAAAAACCCACAGAGCUCCAACACCCACUGUCACUAAACACAUUCAUACUACUGGUGAAAGCACAAAAUCUGUGGAUCCCACCACUACAGUGCCUAGUAAGGUCACCAAGGAAAUCAUCCCUGCUACAAGUCCUCCUGUAGUCCGUCCAACAAGCAAGACCACUGUGAGCACAACUACAUUGGCUUCUACCAAACCAACCACCAUCCUGCCAUCAAGUAGCACAGCUGGCGUGAGAACAACAUCUCCAGCAACAGAUGUGGAUAAAUGUCUUUCCAACCCUUGUCCUGCACUGGCCACCUGCAACAACACCCGUGGCUCCUACAUCUGUCAGUGCCCUCUUGGAUAUGAGCUGGAAAAAGGAAAAUGCAAUUUAGUAAGAAUAUUUAUUGGUCAGGUCCCCCUGAAGCUUAACAUCACCCACGGGAAGUACACGGAUCUCCUGCAAGUGGAGCGUGAAAUCCUGGCGAUGCUGAACGCCUCUCUGUCAGGCUUGCCUGGGUACUACCACUCCACAGUCAGAGCCACCAGGGAGGCAAAUGUUGUGCAUGUUUCAGUGCAAUCCACGUUCUCUUUAGCAUCCAACGUGACUUUCUACGAUGUCAUCAGCACUGUGAAAAGCUACAUUCGGGCUUGCAAAUCUCCCCCUGACCCCUGCCAGUUCAUCUCCAGCCUGAAAUCACUCCACAGAGUUGGCAGCUUGUGCAAGCAGAAGGACCCUGAAUGUGACAAGGAGACCUCUGAGUGCACUGACUUCGAUGGGGUUGCGCUCUGCCAGUGCAAAAGCGGAUACUUCAAGUACAAUAAGAUGGACCAUUCCUGCAGAGCCUGCGAAGAUGGAUAUAAGCUGGAAAAUGAGACCUGUGUGAGCUGCCCGUUUGGCUUAGGGGGAUUCAACUGUGGGAACCCUUACCAGCUCAUUACGGUGGUGAUUGCGGCCGCGGGAGGAGGAUUGCUGCUUAUCAUGGGCAUAGCACUGAUAGUCACCUGCUGCCGGAAGAAUAAAAAUGACAUAAGUAAACUUAUUUUCAAGAGUGGGGAUUUCCAGAUGUCACCAUAUGCCGAGUAUCCAAAGAACCCCCGAGCACAAGAGUGGGGCAGAGAGACCAUCGAGAUGCAGGAGAAUGGAAGCACCAAGAACUUGUUGCAGAUGACAGAUGUGUAUUACUCGCCAACUGGACUGAGAAAUCCUGAACUGGAAAGAAACGGACUUUAUCCUCCCUACACUGGUUUGCCUGGGUCUCGACAUUCAUGCAUCUACCCUGGACAAUACAAUCCAUCCUUCAUUAGUGAUGAAGCCAGAAGAAGAGACUAUUUUUAGCAGGACAGAGAGGGACUGGAAGAUUAUCACAGUCUUGUGGCCCUUGAUCCCCAGGUACAAUGUGUCUCCUGGCAGUUCAGCCCACACCAGUCUUACUCUUCCCGUUUAAAAGGAUGGUCUUUGAACUCCAUACCAAGUGUUGCUGCCCCCAGGAAUGGUUGCAUUUGCUGAGCAGCAGAGAGGAAGAGGAGGAGGAAAUGAAUGGCUCAAGGUGCACAUCAGUAAAAGACCCAGGUGGAAGCUCAUGUGUACUCUGGUUUUGUUCUGUGCUGCUUCUUCACUCCUUACGCUACAUGGCAAGCAUGGAUCAGUACAGGCGGAUGAACUGUGUCCAGCACUCUGUGUUGAAUACCACUAGGGAGUGUUUUGUUUACAGAUCUUGUUCACUGUUGACAGUGCUUGUCUUCUUGGCCAACCUUCAUGCAAAGAUUCACCGUGUGACUGGUUUUGGUAGGACAAGUUUGUCCACCCCUUUUCUCCUUGCUGCACUGCUUUCUGCUUUGUAUGCAACAGGAAAGCUGGCUUGUCCUCUGGCCCGUACCUCCAUACUGGUAGAAGUUCUCCAAAUGGCUAGGCCCUUGCAGCAGCCUGGUGCCUGGCAGUGUUGGCUGAACUCAUGGGUGGAUUGUCCUUGAGGAGCAGGAGAAGUUAGUCGUACCGCUGCGAUUCAAACUGGAAGUAGGCACAGCUGGUCGUAGGUGCUGCUUUGAGAACUUAAGUACAUAGGGAAGAGUGUGAGUAUGUUGUCUAUCAGCUAUGUCUGUCAGCUGGCCUGGUUCAGAAGUGAUGCUGCUACACAUCAUCACAGUGCUUCUGUAUAGGAGCUUUACAGGAUGUUUACUUGCAAGGAUGAAAAGGCCUAUAAAAACAUCAAUGUUAUGUAAAAUAGCUGCUCACAAGGAAGAAAAACAUAAGCUGGGAAUUCACCAUGCUUCCUGUAUGAAAUGUUGGAAGAACCAAUAACCCUGUGGUCGUGGCUAGGCAGGUGGAACAUGACAUCUAGGCACCGUGAGUGGGAUAUGGCUUUCAGGCCUUCACAGCCCACCUUGAUUUCAGGGGGAGCUGUGGAAGCUUUCAGUUCACUGGAAAAUAAGGCUCUCAGAAGUCAGUUGCAUUUGGGGCAAGUUUCAUUUAGAAACGUGAUCCUCUCAAUCCUAGCACAGCAAAGAUCACUUACAUCAAAGUAUUUUGCUUUCUUCUGUUCUAGUUUCGGGUGAUUCAAACCAGGCAGGUUUCCUCAGCUAGGUGUGUGAAUUCAUAUUAAUUGCUUUGGCAAAAGCCAAAGAAUGUAAGUUAUUACAUUCCUCACUAAAGAUCAGAUCAAAAGCUUAUUGACUUCAUUCUUUCCUGAGUCAGGUGUUGAAAGAGCUCUUAUUAAAGAAGUACAUUUCCCGCUUAUCUUUACUGCGAAGAUAACCUUAGUCAUCCAAACCUUGUCCAGAUACAGAGUCCCAGUGCAGACCCUUACCCUCAGUGUGAUUGUGCUUUUAAUUCAGGGUGGCUGCUUGCAGGAGGAUAACAAAUAGCACAGUUCCUUAGCCAUUAACCCACCAUCCCUGCACUGAAGGGCACGUACCAUCUGACAUUCCUUUCUCCCACACAGUGCUCAAAAAGGCACAGUGCCUACAGUCAAACUCAGUAAGGUGGCUCUGAAGCACUGCAGGAUGUGUCCUCAGAGUGCCUGACUCCUGGUGAGAAGGGCAGUUCCAAGGCUGAUGUGCAGUGUGGCUGCUCCCUGAAGGCAAGCCUGGGGUGUAAGAGGCAGUACUCGUGUCCUGCAGGUGCUGGGAAGCUCCCAACCCUUACAGCACUUUGAACAGCUUGUGUGUUCCCUACCAAAAGGGAGCAGCAGUUACAUAUAGGGAGGGUGUGGUUUUGCAGAAACGAGAGUUUUAUGGAUGCCAGGGGCAGUAUGCUCUGCACUGACGUCAUCUUAUGGUCAUGGUGAAUGUGACUGAAUCCAUAAUCAAAUUUGCAGGCUUAUCUCAAAUGUAGGGUGGAAAUGAAUGGAUGCUUAUGCUGCUGAAGGAGCUAUAUUUAAGGACCAUUCCAGUUAUAGUUUCCAAAACAGUGUAAAAGGUAAAGCACAAGGAUUAACUGUUCCCGGUGUUUUCAAACUGUGAAAGAUGUUCUUCUCCCCAUCAUUAGUAGCCAAUAUCUUAAUUGCACAGGGUCCACUGGAUGAUGUGAAACAAGGGCUUGGCCCUGCCAUGCUCUGGGGCCCUUCAAAGAGGACAUUAUUGGGGUCAUUCCUAUGAGGGUGAGCUGCCUUUUUCACCCAACACCAGCUCUGGUUGUGAGAGUGCCGAAGACAAGGGACUGCCUCUCCCAUGGGAUGGAGGAGAGAUUUGUCCCUGUUACAAAUGAAAAGGGAAGCUGGGACUUGGUGCUGGUUCUAAAUCCAGAGCACAUAGGUGAGCACUGGUAUUUGUCCCUGUUUGCUAAAGCAGCCUAACAAAAAAAUAAGCCUGUCCCAGCAAUGAUGGUAGGAUACAACUGCAUGACACUCAGACAGAAAAGAGUGUGGGGAUAUGCUUAUACGUGCUAUGAUUAAUUGCUUAUUUAGUUUGAAGGCUGUGAAAUGUUCCUUUGUGUGCCAGGUGCAAACAACAAAGUAUGAAAUACCAAAGGACAAAUGCAGAUUGAUCCUUCUAUGUAAACAGUAACAUAUGGGUUAUGUGAGCAGAACGCCAAUCUGUGUCAUUUUACAGCAAAUUGCAGGCUGUGAGUGAUUGGAGUGAGAAAUGUGAUAGGACUAUUCCUAACUGAGAUCACAGAAUUCAUUUUUAAUGACCUUUUAAAUUCUUCUUAAUGAAAUGAAAGUGUCUCAAGAAAGUCAGAAGGAUUUUCUGAGUGAGGACAGCAAAACCUGGCUUUUUUCCAAGAGAACAAACUGUAUUGCACUGAAAUUCUCUCUCUGCCGGAGCAAGUACAUGUUGAGGAAAUUAUUAUGAGAUUAAUCCAUUGCAGCUUCCUUUUAGUUCUGGUGACAAAUGAGUCAAUGUAUAGCCCACAGGAGGAGGAAAAGUGUCUCUCCUGACCCGCACCUUCCAUGGAUGUCCCAGGAGGAGAGGAUUGAGGCAGGUGCCAGCCCUGAGGUCACGGCAGGCACUUACCUGUGCAGGAUAAGCAGUGGCAGUAGUUCUGGUUUUUGUUGAUCCUGUUGGAUGUGAGUCAGGUCUCCGUGUGCAAUAUCACUCCUUGAAGCCCGCUUUCAAAUGUGGGUGCCCCUGUGUUUAGCACCUAACUCCUCCUAGGAUGCCUAAGCAAAUGCAACUUGUUUCUCAGGCUGUUUAGAUUGCCUUUCGCUGUCCAGAUUGCAGAUUUUGAGCACACUGGAUGCUUUUGCUAAGGGGAAUGGCUCUCUGCUAUCCAAGAGGACUAGAUGGAAAUAGCAGGUUUCACGCAAGGAGACUGCAAGUGGCUCAGCCAGGUGUGGGGGAAGGAGGGAAAACCACACUGACACGACAAAGGACCUGUUUGUGCUUCUGGCUGCUGUGUAAAGCCAGGUGAGCUGUCAGCAAGGGCCCACAGGUGGUGUGGGGGGGAGUCUUUGGAGUAAAAAGGUGCUAAUUCAGUUGACGACAGGAAAGGAUGUAGGAUGCGUGUUUGCUGCUAUGGUGCUCUACCACUUGUGCUGACAAAUGCCCCUUGCUUACAGAAAAACACCCCCGGCAGUCAGCCUGGGAGAGUGGGUCAGAGUGAACAGAGCAGAACAGUGCAGAUCGGAGGGGUCAAUGUAAAGGGAUGCUGCAGCCUUCCCGCGUCCCUGUCCUGCCCCAUGCUCAUCCUGGCCAUCUCUCCCACGCUGCUCUGGAAAACCAGGGUUCUUUUGCACACCUCUGAAACCUCAAAGCACUGAAUUUGGAUGUAUGAGGAACGUGAGGACAGGGAUAUAUUGAUGCCCUUUGCCCUCCGUGUUUAUAGCACUACGUAAAAGAGCAGCAAUGAAUCUUGUUUCCAUUGCAGCAUAUCCCAUAAAGUUCCUCUGUUACGGUCAUUUACAGAGACACUAAAAGUUAUUUGCCUUCACUGUGAGCAACAGAAAAAGAGAAAAAAAUCACCCUUUCUAAAAAUAGCAAUGAAAUGAAUUUAGUGAGAGGUGUUUGUGAUUGCAAAAUGGUGCCAAUAAUUGUAAAGGUUGUUUGCUGAGGCUUGACAGAGCAGCAGUAUGAGUUUGGACCCUGCUGUAGCAUUGUAAAGUGCUUUCCCAGGACGUGUCUCUAAUGCUGGUCAAUGGCCAUAUCCGUUCCAAAUCCAUCUGGACUUCUCAUUCUCUCAUAGUGGCGUUUAGUUUUCUUCCUUAAAUUAACAAGAACGGAUGCAUUUUACUUAAAUGUUCUUCCUAUGCUGACUAUUGUUUUUCUCCUCUUUGCCCAAAAGGACCUAACCCAGCAUCCACUCUGGUGACUGGGAUAACUCUCCCAUAGAUUGUAGUGGAAUUUUUUUAGGCCUGAAUUAUUCCACCGUCAUGGUCAUAUGUGUGUACACCAAGCAUUCCUGCAGCUCUGUGUUCCGCCCAUUCCUGUGAUAUUGUUGCUGCCUUUUCACGUCAUAUUUAUUUUUCAUGUAUGUCCUUAUUACUGUAGCAGAGCCUGUAUUAUGUGAGAUUGAACAAACAGGUUGUUCAAGAUCUGAAAUGCCUUCCUGAGAAGAGAAUGAAUGUGAAUUUCAUAGAAAAUGUUUUACUGAUCAGCCAACCUGUUUCCCAUAGUGUAAGAUCUCCAGGGAUGUAGAGGUGAUUUGUGCAUUCACAGUUAAGAACUACCUGUCAGUUCACAUAUUUAUGCUUUCAGAAAUGAAACCAGAUCUCCCAGUUUUGAAAGGGUUCUGUACUCUAAGGUCAUGUGCGAGAUAACACCUCUCCUGUGUGGUUUGUGUUUUGUCUGAUAAUAUCCUUGUUGAUGGAAAACUGAGAGAGGGUGCCUGAUGUUCUUCAAAAGCCAUAUGUAAGUGCUAAGUCUGUUGGUCUUCAUUCUGGUAAAAUGCUGGAAGGGAUGAGAGUCUUGCUUGGGUAAUACCACAGCAGGUGACCCCAAAUCUGCACCACCCCAAUAUGAAGUCCUGAGGAAUCCAGUAAAAAGGGAUCACUUCUCUUGAACAAUGCCACAGAAAUUGCCUGAUGUGUCUGUUACAAAAGCCAUUAGUAUGGUUAACUUUAAGGAAAGAAAAGAACAACAAAACAGAAUAUAUGUGUAAUUCUUUCUGUUAAACUCAGUCAUUUGCUUUAAGCCCUGUUAAAUUCCUAGCAGAAAGCAAAAUUGGUAUGUAAAGUCAUCACAGUUUCUUUGAACAUCUUUCAGAACCAUGGCAGUAAUGCUUACCUUUAGCGAGGUCUCUUUCAAAAGGUGAAUUUUAAGCAUUUAUCUGUGCUUCCUCUAUCAACUUGAUUCAUGUUCUUCCCAUUGUUGUGCUUCCUUCUCUGUAGCUCUGAAUGUUCGCUUCCAAGUUGCUGGGGUUCUAAGGACAUUCUCCAAACCAGUAUUAUUUAAAGUUGUAUCAUAUUUUCUGCCUCUACUAAUUAUACAGUACUGUAGUAGCAAAAUAUAAUUUUUAAGGAUUGGAUUAUUUUUAUACCUGCAUCCAAUAUUAUUAAAUCUGGCGUUCUAGUCAGUAUUAUAAAAAGAUACAAUAAAACUAUGAAUAUUAA